AUGGAGAAGAUUUGUGGGUCACUAGGGUACGUGAAUUGUAAAGUGGUAGAAAGAACGGGGAAACAAGGAGGGGGUUUGGUGUUUUGCUGGAAGGACAACUGGACUGUUCAAGUGAUUGACGCUACGACAGGUUUUAUUGAUGUACUGGUGUUCAUUGAAGGAAAGCAAGUGAGAUUGACGGGUUUUUAUGGUAACCCAGCAACUGGGGAGAGACAUCACUCUUGGGAAGUUUUACGCCGCUUGUCACACUUAUACCCUCAUGUUGCUUGGUUCGUUUUCGGUGAUUUUAAUGAGAUUAUUAACACUGAGGAGAAGUGUGGGGGUAGACUGCGACCAUCAUCUCAAAUUGACAGAUUUAACCGGGUUAUUGAUGAUUGCCUUUUACAAGGUGUUGAUUUUUCAGGGCCAUUGUUUACCUGGAGUAAUGGUAGUGUGCAUGAGAGGUUGGAUCGAGGGUUGAUGAAUAAUAAAGCUGCUGAUGAUUUCCCAAAGGUGCAUGAAUGUCAUUUGGAAGUUGGAGCCAGUGAUCACUUGCCACUAAUCUUUGAUUUCGUUGGGCGCGGGCUUCCAAAGAAAAAUAUGGGACGAAGACGAUUUCUUUUUGAAGGGUUUUGGAUUAAAGAACAAAGGUGUGGGGAAAUUGUCAAAGAGGUUUGGGAGGAUGAAGCAAAUGCGCACACUAAUCUAGUCACAAAGCUUAAUAAGUGUGCUGAGGAGCUUUCUAGGUGGAAUAGGAAUGUCAUAGGCCAUGUGCCAAAGAAGAUUGCAGCUUUGAAAGUUUCCCUGCAGAAGUAUCCGAUUGAUGUCCAAAAUGCUGAAGACAGAACACAACGUGCUUUAAUUAAAUAUGAGUUGGAAAAGUUUGCAGAGUUUGAAGAGGUCAUGUGGAAGCAAAAAUCUAGGAUCGAUUGGCUACAGGAGGGGGAUAAAAAUACAAAAUUUUUUCAUGCCUAUGCAAAGGGGCGUGGAAAGCAAAAUAAAGUAACCGGAAUCUUUGAUGAACAUGGUAUGUGGUGCGAAGAUUUGCAAGAAGUUCAGGAUGCUUUUGUUUCAUAUUUCUCCAAUCUUUACACUACGGAGGGGUGUGCCAACCUUGAUCUGAUUUUGGAUAAAAUCCCUCGCCGGGUCUCUGAUGAGGUAAAUGUGAAAUUAUUGAAGAAGUUCGAAAGAUGGGAGAUUGAGUUUUCUUUGAAGCAUAUGGCAGCACAAAAAUCGCCAGGCUUCGAUGGUAUGUCUGCAUUAUUCUUUAAAACUUAUUGGCCUAUUGUGGGUGAUUCGGUUUGUGCUUUUUGUCUUGGGGUCCUCAACGAUGGGCGAGCUAUUGAGGAUUUCAACCAUACCCUCAUUUCUCUUAUUCCUAAAUGUCUAAGUCCCAAAAAUGUAACUGAGUUUAGACCAAUCAGCUUAUGUUCCAUUAUCUACAAGCUAAUUUCGAAGACGGUGGCAAAUAGACUAAAGAAGCAUCUUCCGGACAUAAUUUCCUGUACUCAGAGUGCAUUUGUACCGGGAAGAAAUAUUCAAGAUAAUGUGAUUGCGGCGUUUGAAACUGUCCAUACAAUCCGAGUACAGAAGACCACGGCAUCACCAAAGAUGGUUCUCAAGUUAGAUAUCAGUAAAGCUUAUGACAGGGUAGAGUGGGGGUUUCUGGAAAAUGUCAUGCGGAAGCUUGGGUUUGGGGAGAGAUGGGUUAAAUUGAUUAUGAAGUGUGUCAAUUCCACUUCCUUUUCGGUUUUGUGGAGAGGACAACCGGUUGGACAGUUCCGGCCAACCAGAGGCAUUCGUCAGGGGGAUCCGUUGUCUCCGUAUCUGUUUCUGUUUGUCUCUGAAGGGCUUUCUGGUCUGCUUCAACAUGCUGAUUACUCAGGUCUGAUUCAUGGAGUGCGGGCUGCUCCUACUGCACCUUCAAUUUCCCACCUACUUUUCGCGGAUGAUAGUCUUUUAUUUGUAAAUGCAACUGUAGAAGAAUGUGUGUCUUUGAAACAAUGCCUCCUCCUUUAUGAGUGUGCGGCUGGGCAGCGCAUAAACUUUCAGAAAUCUGCCCUUUCCUUUGGGCCGAAUGUUCCUGAACGGUUGAAAGAUGACGUCAAAGUUAUUUUGGAUGUGCCAGUGGUUGAGUUCCAUGAAAAAUAUCUUGGUUUGCCAACAACACUUGGAAGAAACAAGAUUGAUGCCUUCAAGAAGUUGAACGAAAGGCUUGCUAUACACAUACAGGGAUGGCAGGGAAAGUUCCUCUCAAAAGCGGGUAAACUUGUGUUGAUCAAAGCGGUUGCUCAAGCAAUUCCCACUUAUUCUAUGAGUGUUUUCCAGCUACCUGUCGGUGUGUGCAAGAAAUUCCAAUCCAAGGUUAGCAAGUUUUGGUGGGGGAAAGGAGGUGAGACUAGAGGCAUUCAUUGGUGCAGUUGGGAUAAGCUCUGUAAAAGAAAAGAUGAGGGAGGACUUGGGUUUCGAGACUUGCAAGCUUUUAAUCAAGCUAUGUUGGCUAAAACUGUGUGGAGGAUCUUCUGGGGGAAACGUUCUUUAGUCAGCUCUUUACUCCAAGCCAAGUAUUUCCCGGAUACUUGUUUUCUUAAUGCAAGGCUAGGACGAACCCCUUCGGCUAUUUGGAGAGGCAUAUUGUGGGGUAGACAGGUGAUUGAGCUGGGAACUAGAUGGAGAAUCGGAGAUGGUAGGAGAGUGAGUAUCAUGUCGGAUAAAUGGUUGCCAUGCCCGGUUAAUUUCAAGGUUGUGACUCCCUUGCAAAUACCAGCUCAGCAGAAGGUAGAAUCGUUAUUCACAGACUCAGGAGCUUGGAAUGUACCAAUGGUUAAGUCUCUGUUUCUCACACAUGAAGCUGAUAUGAUACUAGGAAUGCCACUGGGACUUAGAAGCAUCCCUGACAAAUUGGUUUGGCACUACACAAAGAAUGGAGUUUAUAGCGUGAAUUCUGGUUAUUGGGUAGCUAGAGAUCUUCAGAUUCGUCAGAGUGGCUCUGGAGCUGGGUCUAGUUACAAUGGCAGUAAAGGAAUAUGGGAGAAAAUCUGGAGAAUAAAUGCACCGCAAAAAAUCAGGGUAUUCAUGUGGAGAGCAAUACAUGGCUUUCUCCCAUGUGCAACGAAUCUACAACAAAGAAGGAUUCUUGAUGACCCUAGCUGUUGGUUUUGUAGGGGCCCUCUGGAAACAGCUUUGCAUGCUUUGUGGGACUGCCCAAAAGCCAAGAAGACAUGGAAAAAGACUUUUUUGAAUGGGGUGUGUAAGGUGUGGCAGCUGCCUACUUUCUUGGACCUUGUCCACCACGUUUACACUAUAGCAAAUGAAACAGAGUUUGAGUCCUUUUGUUUUACCGCUUGGUGGAUUUGGCGCAACAGAAACCUUGGUAGACAUGGUGAGAAAAUAAGGGAACCAGCUGAAGUUGCACAAUUGGCGUCUGAAUGGCAAAAUGAGUAUGCGAGCUUGAGUUGGACCAAGUCCGGGGGAGAGGUUGGGAUUGACCAAAAUAAAGUUGUCUGGAACCCACCACAACAGGGACAUAUUAAGAUGAAUUUUGAUGGAGCUUGUGACUUGAAGAAUGGGAUAUGUGGGCUGGGCGUUGUCUUCAGAGACCACCUAGGUGGUUUGAAAGGUGCAUUGGCUGUCCCACAAGUAGGCAAUCUUUCUCCUAGGUCGGUAGAAGCUCUAGCACUUCUCCACGGGCUUCGUUUUGCUGCUCAUGUUGGCUUCUCCAAUAUCGAGAUCGAAGGUGAUGCUCUCUCAGUCAUCAACACGUUGCAUGAUAGUUCGGAGGAUCUUAGUUCUGAAGGCCAUAUUAUUGAUGAAGUUAAGUCUUUAGCUCAGUCUUUAUUUAUUUGCAGUAGUCACUUUGUGAAACGUGUUGGCAAUCAGGUUGCCCACCGUUUGGCAAAAGAGGCUUUAAAAGUUAGUUAUCCUUUGCUUUGUUUGGAGUCGGGGCCGUUGUGGCUCCAUGAGUCUGUCAGUAAAGAUUUCCAGUGUGGAGUCUAG